CAGCUUCCUCAUUCCGUUCCAGCUAACGGAGAAGAAGCGAAGGCAUUUUCUAAUCUUUCAUUGAGAAAAGGUGAAGGCGAGAGGAAAACACCAAUAGAUUGUCUUUGGUAUGUAAUUACACUUUCUAAACAGACGGAAUAACAGUAAAAUAUUGAGAGCAUUGCAUGAAUAAUUCCGUUCUCGGUAUUCACCAUCGCUGAAUGACGGGAUCGCCUGCUGUCACAAAACAACUGUGUGUGGCGGGAGGAGGGUCUGAAUCACGGAUGUUGUAGGGACACAGAUGCAGGCCCGUCUUCCAGUAAAAUACCAUAUUACCGUCGACUCAUCUUAUUACUGCACAGGUUCGUGUGCAUGCAGUUUCCAGCCAAAAUGAUCCACAGCCUGUUCCUCGUGAAUUCCUCCGGGGACAUUUUCCUGGAGAAACACUGGAAGAGCGUUGUGAGCCGCUCCGUGUGCGACUACUUCUUCGAGGCGCAAGAGCGCGCCAGUGAGCCGGAGAAUGUGCCCCCGGUAAUCCCGACCCCCCACCACUACCUCAUCAGCGUCCUCAGGCACCGCAUCUACUUUGUGGCGGUCAUCCAGAGCGAGGUGCCGCCGCUCUUUGUCAUCGAGUUCCUACACAGGGUAGUUGAUACAUUCCAGGACUAUUUUGGGGUGUGCACAGAGGCAGCGAUCAAGGACAAUGUGGUGGUAGUAUAUGAGCUGCUAGAAGAGAUGCUGGACAAUGGCUUCCCCCUGGCCACAGAGUCCAACAUCCUCAAAGAGCUCAUCAAGCCACCCACCAUCCUGCGCACAGUGGUUAACACCAUCACAGGCAGCACCAAUGUAGGGGAGCAGCUCCCUACUGGACAGUUGUCUGUAGUGCCAUGGCGACGCACUGGAGUCAAGUAUACCAACAAUGAGGCCUAUUUUGAUGUAGUGGAGGAGAUUGAUGCCAUCAUUGAUAAAUCAGGCUCCACUAUCACAGCAGAGAUCCAGGGGGUGAUUGAUGCCUGUGUGAAACUAACAGGCAUGCCUGACCUCACUCUCUCGUUCAUGAACCCUCGUCUGCUAGAUGAUGUGAGCUUCCACCCGUGUGUGAGGUUCAAGCGCUGGGAAGCUGAGAGGAUCCUCUCCUUUAUCCCCCCAGACGGAAACUUCCGGCUGCUCUCCUAUCACGUCAGCUGCCAGAAUCUGGUGGCCAUCCCGGUGUACGUCAAGCACAACAUCACGUUUAGGGAGGGUAGUUCUCAGGGCCGCUUUGAGCUGACCCUGGGCCCCAAGCAGACCAUGGGGAAGGGGUUAGAGGCUGUUCUAAUCAGCAGCCAGCUACCCAGAGGAGUCCUCAACACCAACCUCAACCCCUCCCAGGGGACAUACAACUUCGACCCUGUCACUAAGCUCUUGUCAUGGGACGUGGGUAAAAUCAACCCUCAGAAGCUGCCUAGUCUAAAGGGCUCUAUGAGCCUGCAGGCAGGGGCCUCCAAGCCAGACGAGAACCCCACCAUCAACAUCCAGUUCAAGAUCCAACAGUCGGCCCUUUCAGGACUGAAGGUGAAUCGGUUGGAUAUGUACGGGGAGAAAUACAAACCAUUCAAAGGCAUCAAGUACAUGACCAAGGCCGGCAAAUUCCAGGUGCGGACAUAGAGGCUCGGCUCUCCGCUCUCUGGCCUCUGCACCAAUACUACUACUGUAAAAGAGAGAGGGGGAGGUUUCCGAUGGUGGGGAAUAAAUACAGAAAAUAUAGGGAAGGGAGUGGCUAUGGUACAUUCCCUGUGUAAAUGCAUUUCAGGAUUUAUCCACACAAACUAUGGGCUCUGCUGUCUAACUGAACUAGCUACCACAGAAUGUGUGACACGACACACAAGCAUAUUUAAUGGAGUUGUUUGCACAGUCAAAUAGGUGGCGAUAAGAGACUAUCCGUCUCAAUGUGUCUACAGCAUUUUUAGUAAGCUAAAGCCUGGAAUUGGUCUCUCUGUUGUGUCAUUUCUGGUUCCUUUUUCCAAUCUCUUUGCUACCCUUUGAGUUCCUUUUGUGAGUGAGAAUAGCAGGCAAAAUGGUUUGUGUGAUUCAUCUGCUACUACUUUUCUUCUCAUGCUCCCAUCCAUUCCUUAUAACCAACGGCCCAGAGUUUGGGUCAAUUCGAGUUAACACAGCCACACUGUCAUAAUUAUUUAUUGAGUUUAUUAAAAAUGUUUAACCUUUAUUUAACUAGGCAAGUCAGUUAAGAACAAAUUCUUAUUUACAAUGACGGCCUACCAAAAGACAAAAGGCCUCCUGCGGGGACAUGGGCCUGGGAUUUAAAAAAUAAAUACAAUAUAAAUAUAGGACAAAACACACAUCACUACAAGAGGGACUCAACACUACAUAAAAAGAGACCUAAAACAACAUAACAGCAACUCAACAAUGGUAGCAGCACAAAAACAUGGUACAAACAUUGGGCAAAGUCAACAGCACAAAGGUCAAGAAGGAAGAGACAACAAUACAUCAUGCAAAGCAGCCACAACUGUCAGUAAGAGUGUCCAUGAUUGAGUCUUUGAAUGAAGAGAUUGAGAUAAACUGUCCAGUUUGAGUGUUGCAGCUUGUUCCAGUCGCUAGCUGCAGCGAACUGAAAAGAGGAGCGACCCAGGAAAGUGUGUGCUUUGGGGACCUUGAACAGAAUGUGACUGGCAGAAUGGGUGUUGUAUGUGGAGGAUGAGGGCUGCAGUAGACAUCUGAGAUAGGGGGGAGAGACGCCUAAGCGAGUUAUAUAAAUAAGCAUCAACCAGUGGGUCUUGCGACGGGUAUACAGAGAUUACCAGUUUACUGAAGAGUAUAGAGUGCAGUGAUGUGUCCUAUAAGGAGCAUUGGUGGCAAAUCUGAUGGCCGAAUGGUAAAGAACAUCUAGCCGCUUGAGAGCACCUUUACCUGCAAAUCUAUAAAUAAUGUCUCCGUAAUCUAGCAUGGGAAGGAUGGUCAUCUGAAUCAGGGUUAGUUUGGCAGCUGGAGUGAAAGAGGAGCGAUUACGAUAGAGGAAACCAAGUCUAGAUUUAACUUUAGUCUGCAGCUUUAUGUGCUGAGUUAAGGACUGCACUGUCUAGCCAUACUCCCAAGUACUUGUAUGAGGUGACUACCUCAAGCUCUAAACCCUCAGUGGUAGUAAUAACACCUUUGGGAAUCGGGGCAUUCGUCUUACCAAACCACAUGACCUUUGUUUUGGAGGUGUUCAGAACAAGGUUAAGGGUAGCGAAAGCUUGUUGGACACUAAGAAAGCUUUGAGGACCUUUAAGGUUGCAGUGACACAUCCAUAAUCUGAGCGGAAACCAGAUUGCAUACCAGAGAGAAUCCUAUAGACAUCAAGAAAGCCAGUCAGUUGAUUAUUGACAAGUUUUUUCCGACACUUGAUAAACAGGGCAAAAUAGAAAUUAUGGCUAAGCCCUGCCCAUUUCUACAAUGAAUCUUCUUAAAAUCUGAUUUUACCCUAACCUUAAAGUAAGACCAAAUAUAUAUAUUUUUCCAUCAAUUUUGACUUUGAGGCUGUAGAAUCUGACUUUGUGGUUGUGUUAUCUAGUGGGAUCCCAGAGUUUCUUCUGGUCAGGUCACAUGGCCAGGACUGGAUAAGUUCCUGGCUCUACCUAUAUUACAUGUUAUUCUAAAUUCUGUAUUCCCUUGCUACUUUCUCCCUUUACUUAUUCCAAUGCUCCCUGUUUUCUGAACUUCUCUCUUCGGUCCUCCAAACCAAAUGCAUUUCUGUGUCUUUCUGUUAUCAACUCUGGAGUCACGUGCUGGAGUUUGAGAAUGCAACAUGAAAUUCCUCCGCCUGACUCAUUCACUACCAUGCCUAUUGUUCUGUCAACAGUUAAUACUGUAGGCAUAACCAUGUCAUUCUCAAAUCCAAUCUAGUGGUUUGUAGGAUAAGGUUGACACAGUAUGUUACUGUUUUUCGCUCUUUUUCUAUAUCAUGUAAAGGCGUCAGGUCGAGCACCUUGCUGUGGCCUACCUGAUGUUUUAUCCACCUUAAUCCAUCCUGAUGGCCUUUUUUAAAGUAUUAUUUAUUCAACAAUGAUAUAAUCCUGAUACGAGCACCAAAUCGCAUGCUGAAUAACCCAGCUCAUAUCAUGCAGCUCAAAUGUAUCUUUAUUACUCUAUAGUGAAUUCUACAGAGGCUUGAGCAUCAUGAAGACCAAUAACAUGAAACAUGCUGCCCCCCUAUGAUGUUAUUGAAGCUGUUACUCACAAUGGCCUGGCUUUCCUCUGUGUAGGUAUGUUUUCUAUAAGUUCUCCAUACUGACUGACUCCAUACUGCAGUUUGAUGACACGGUUGGUGGGUUUACAGCGUUUGUUUGUGUGUUUGUCAAAUUAAUUCAAAUUUAGUUUUACAAUGCUAUGACAUUAAAGAAUUAAGAAGUGAUAUGAUAUACGUUGAAUUAUCCAGUCCAUUGUGUCCACUCUGAUAGAUACCAGGACAUCACAAAUCAAUGUAGUGGUUGUACCAACUAAAAUAACCUAAUUUGUCUACAUGUUUGUUACAACAAACACAUUUCUGUCUAAAAAUCAUCUUGAGUAUUAUAAGAGCCCAUUUAUGAUGAUGUAUGUGAGGUUUGAUUAAAGGUUCAUGCCAUC